UACGUCUUACUUUGUUCCUUGUCUGUCGACUUACUUUGACUGGGAUAACGCUGAUCCAUGAAUUAUUGAAGAGAUGAGUUGAUCGAAUCCACUAGAAAGUCAAACAUCGCUGGAAUUGAACUUUGGUUCCCAGUACUGUUGUGUGCUUGACUUGAAGAUUUGUUAACUUCAUUAAUCAUAAGUGUCAACUGAAAUUUAUUUUAAUUUCAUAUCAGCACGAUGACGUACAUGAAGAUAGCCAAGAAAUCGGACCGGAUUCUGCACCUUUCCAGAGAGCCUGGCAUCCGAGCAUGGAGUAUGUUUGUUGGUGUUAUAUCAAUAGGUAUUGGUGCUGUAUAUUUCAGUUUGGAUAACAUAGUAUGGACAUCUGUGUGCAUUCUGGGUAGUUUUAUAAUUGCUAUGUCCUGCCUGGAUGAUUGGGAGGAAUGUAUUUUUAACAAGGGAACCAAAGAAGUAAGGAUGAAGACGUUUAACUUGAUGCAAAAAUUAGUUUUGCCAGCUGGGAAACAGCGACAAGUUGUAGCCAACCUGUCUGACAUCAUAGCUGUACGUGUACAGGAAGAAGAUAUCAAAUACGCUGGCAAAGGACAUUACGUUGUGCUAGUGUUUGGUACUGGGUUUGUCAUCCCAAUUGCAGAGAGGUGUACAAUAGGCGAUAAAAAUGAACAUGAGGCUUUGUGCAGAGAAAUCAAACUAUUCUUGAAUCUGAAUGAGAAGAUGACGACUGAUGAUCUUGGAUAUGAAGAUGACAUAUCAUCCUCCGAUAGCGACUAUGACACUGAAAGAAAUGGCACCAUAGAACAUGUUGCUGAGACAAACCACUGAAUAUUAUAAUUAGUUCCUGACAGACAAACUUUGUUUGUGGUAUGAGUUUUGUCUGUCCAUGAAUUUCACCGUCCAUGUCGUUAAUGAAUAUAGUUCACACAAUGUAGUUAAAACAACCAGAGAACAAACAUAGAGUAAUAACUUGUGAAUACUUUCAAUUUUGAUGCCAUUGGUCUCUUUAACAUGCCAUCCAUAUAUUGGUUAAAAAUGACUGACUGGCAGCCAUAAAACCCAGGACCACACAAUAAAACUUAGCUGGAAUGUUAUAAGCUGUUCAAAUCUGUCUCUUUUGUAUGGUUACCUUUAUUUUAAACAUUGAUGACGUUUUUCAUUGAAAAGAAUAAAUAUUUUUAAUACAUGAUGUCUAAUGCCAAGACUUGAACAAAUUGGAAACUAAACUGGCGGUGUCAACAAUAACGACUUUUUUUAUAGUACAGUACGUACAUUUAUCUAAGAUGUUAUUUUUAUAAUUAAUGGUUUUUUGUUUUGUAAUUUUGUAUUGCAACUUUUUUGUAUUUGUCCUUUGUAGUCAAAAAUUGCAUGUUUUUUGUUACAGUAAGAUAGUAUUGUAAUUUUUGAAUUUUAUCUAUUUACCAUUAUUAUACAUCUGGCAAUGAAUGGAACUUAACAAUCCAUGAAAAAUGUAUGGAUACUUUUGAUCAAAAGUGUUUUGUAUGUUUUAUGCAUAUCUUCCGUGUUUGGAAAAUAUGUGUGUUAACUUUUCUUUUUUUACUAUUUAUACUGGCUGUUAUACUUUACUGAGCAGAAAAAGAUGUAUUUAAUAAUAGUGA